CGCCCGCUCACGUCCCCCCGGCUCUCUUUCUAUUGGACGCUCAGUGGGUCUGAUUUCAUUAGAGUCCUCUGGAGGCGCGAACGUUGCAAGACGCCGAUAGUUUCAACAAACUCAGGGCCUCCGUCCGGGACUCGUCUUUCAGUCCCUCGUCAUGUGACUGGUGACGCUCCGGGGUCUCUGUAUAAAUAACUACAGGCUUUUGAGGUGCUGCCAAACUCCAGAAGAGCAGCAAGAAGAAGGUUCACUUGAGACUUUGCUCGUCACUUUGGUGAGUGGACAGUUUAUGAUUUGGUUAUCGCUUUUAUACACAUAUAAAUGUAUACGCUUGUUUGUAUAAACUGGACCAUUAUGUGUUGACUUCUGGGAACGUUUUCUAAACAGAACCUUUCUUUGAAAAAGACUUGUAUCCUAAUGGAAAGUGUGCAUGGUACAUUUUUUUAAUGUUUUUAUAAAAAACUAAGCGUGUGCGCCGAAUGUCACUUUCCUUCAGUGAAGCUGCUUGAACCCAAACUGCCUCAUCGAUCAUCACAUCACAUUACAGCUUCCACGCGAGCGGCACUGAGGAGAAAUGGAGCACGUGGACAACUCCACCGUUUCCCCCGCGCGGCUCGUGCACGCGCAGAGCAGCGCGGGCUCGGGGGCGGAGCGGGGCGACGGGAGCGCGUACCUGUACAUACUGAUCGUCGUGUCCUUCUACGGGAUCUUCCUCUCCGGCAUAAUGCUCGGCUACGUGCGCUCCAAGCGGCGGGAGAAGAGGAGGACCAACGUCUUCACGCGCCUCGUGCACGAGGAGGAGCAGCGGGAGUGGGGCGCGCUGCCCAAGAAGCACAGCCUCACCUUUCCCGCCGCCGCCGCCGCGUCGGAGCUGCGCGCGCUGCAGCUGUCCCCGCCCCUCUGCAGUAACCACGGAAACCACUUCGGGCACCUCUACUGCGGGAGCGCGCUGCCGUCCCCGCUGGCGUGCGCGCUGUGCACGGAGCAGAGCAGCGUCAGCUCGCUGGGCUCGUCCGCGGACACGCGCCUCGCCAUCGAGGAAGAGGUGUCGGACGGCGGCGCGCAGGAGGAGGCGUCGGAGGAGAACGUGAAGCGAGGCUCCGGCAUCGGCGUGCACGACUCAGGCUGAGCUCCCAAUAACAAAACCACAACCACAACAACAACAACAACAACAACAACAACCACGUGUUAGAAACGUCACCUGCAGAGGAAGCCACGUGGCGCAAAGCAAACGGCGAGCACGAACACGACGACGACGCCGAGGCCUCUGCGAUCGGCGUCAGGCGCUCAGGGGCCCUCUGGCUGUUGGGCCCGCGGGCGGCGACGCCGGCGCUCAACUCGACACGACGUUAUUCACCGCCCGCGGGGACGCGCACGCACACGCUCACAAGUACAGCUGCUGAAAUCCCCGAAUCCCAAAACCGAUAGUCAAUAAACUGCUGCUCUCUACAAAAGAGUCGAAUAUGAUAUUAAAAGAGGCGACACCGUUUACUGUGACUCGCCGGCGCCCCCCCUUUGCUUUCUGCUGAUGACUCACCCUGCAGGAGGCCGGCUGCUUCCUUCUCUCUGUCUGUAUUUUCUUUGGGGGGGGGGCUAUAUGGACUGAACUUGACCAGCUCUGGCCAACUCGGUCUUGAGUAUGAAACGUACCUGGAACCCACUUGAAGGAUCGCCUGCAACGCGCUGAAGCUCGGCGAUGGACUCGGCGACGCAUCGGUUUACUUGACCACGUGCACCGCGCGCGGCGUCUGUGCGCGUGUGUUUGGCUUCACGAGUCUUGAUUUGAGUCUUUGCCGUGUUUCGGGAACAAAUAAAUGCUUAUGAAUUGA